UUCCGAGGGUGGAAGACAGAGACACACAAACACAGCCGAAUUUCACAGAGAAAAACUGGGAAGUCGGGCAAUUUAACAUCCUUCCCCCCAAAAUUUUUCAUUCUUCCCGCGCCAUUUUUCUUCAUUUCUCUUUCAUUUCCGACGCUGCUCAAUCGGCUUUUCAGCUCUCGAUAUUAAGUAUUAGGAUCCCCUGCACUCAUAGAUGUUGUAGCCCCAAUCCCUUUGAUUGAGAUGCCAUAGUUUGUUUCAAGUUUAUUACAGUAUAUCCAACUGUGAUGAUGAUUGAAACUAUUGACUUUUGGUGCUGACUGACGGCCAGCAAAGUGAAUUGAGAAAUCUGUGUUUGAAAAUUUAAAUGGUUAAUACUUAAACGUGGUAGCAAUGGAGUGCAACAAGGAGGAGGCCAUUAAGGCUAUGCAAAUUGCUGAGAAGAAGCUGGAAAUCAGUGAUUUUUUGGGGGCGAGGAAGAUGGCUCAGACAGCACAUAGACUCUUUCCUACACUUGAAAAUAUUACACAACUGCUAACGGUAUGUGAGAUUCACUGUUCAGCUCAGAAUAGAAUAUGUGGAACUGAAAAUGACUGGUAUGGGAUUCUUCAAAUAGAACAAUCAGCAGAUGAAACCACUAUAAAAAAGCAGUACCGGAAGUUUGCAUUGUUGCUCCACCCAGAUAAGAACAAGUUUACUGGUGCAGAAGCUGCUUUUAAACUUGUUGGUGAAGCUAACAGGCUGCUCUCUGAUCAGUCAAAACGCAAGUUAUAUGACAUGAAGUGUGGAGCUGGAAGAAGAAAUAUUGCACCUAAGUCAUCUCAUGAUCAGUCAAAUGGAUAUGCAGCAAUGAACAAGCAAGAGAGUGGAACUGCAAAUGGUUACUCAAGUGUUCCUUUCUCACAUUUUCCUGGAAGAAAUUCAUACAAACCACCACCACCACAGCAGGCUUUUUGGACGUGCUGCCCAUUUUGUAAUGUGAGGUAUCAGUACCUCAAAUGUUAUCUUAAUAAGAUGUUGCGUUGCCAGAAUUGUGGCAGAGGUUUUAUCUCUCAUGACUUGAAUAACCAAAAUAUGCCUCCACCCUCCCACCAAGGUCAUGUCCCUCAGAAGAAAGUAGCUCCUGAGUCAGGAUCCUCAAAAUCAGCUACACAAAUCAAACAUGGUUCUGAUAAUAAAUCUCAGGAUAGGUCUGCUGGGGUUGAACGAGCAUCAAGGGAAAAUUACACUGCUGGCAGUGAUUUGAAUGCUAAAGGUGGAAAAAAACAGAAGGCACAUGGGGAUGCCAAAGAUGGACAGGGUGGUACUGUUAAGCCCAAAUCAGCUCCAAAGAGUGGAAAUAGGAAGCGACAACGAAAAUCAGCUACAACACCUGUCAACAAUUCUGAAGAUGACCAAGAUGUUGAUGAUGACGAUUUAUAUGAAAAGGAUUCUGGUCAGGGUAGAGGCAAUUGUCAAAGGAGAUCUUCAAGGAACAAGAACCAUGUUUCGUACCAGAAAUAUUUAAGUGAUGAUGAUGAUAAUUUACAGAUUCCAAAGAAAUCAAGGGGCAGUGAAUCUGCGGACAUUAAAGAGAAAACGAAAGAUGCAACUGCAGAUGUUGCAGCAUCUACAGUUGACAAAUCUUUAGUUGGUAAUGGUACUGUUGAUGGUCACAAAAAGGGCAUCAAACAUGAAGUACCUUCUCAACAUCCGGAAGUCUUGCCCAAAAUGAAACCCAAAUGUGAGGAACUGAAGGUAAUGGAAGAAGGAAAAAACAUGUCAGAUCAAAAUGAUAAAAAAUCCAAAGUUGAGGAUAUUGAUACAGAGAACAAAGAUGUAAAAGUACAUGUUUUGGUAUGUGCUGAUCCUGAGUUUAGCAAUUUUGAUAACAAUAAAACGGAAGAUUGUUUUGCGGUCAAUCAGGUAUGGGCUAUAUAUGAUACCAUUGAUGGCAUGCCAAGAUUUUAUGCUCGUAUUAGAAAAGUGUUCUCCCCUGUAUUCAAGCUCCAGAUUACUUGGUUCGAACCAAAUCCUGAUAGCAAAUAUGAAAUUGAUUGGAGCGAUGCAGAAUUGCCCAUUGCAUGUGGCAAGUAUACCUUAGGAGACACUGAGGAAACUGCUGAUCUUCCCAUGUUCUCUCAUAUGGUACAUUGUCCCAAACAGUCUGUGAGGAGUACGUACUUGUUGUAUCCCAGAAAAGGAGAAACUUGGGCUCUUUUCAAGGACUGGGAUAUUAGAUGGAGCUCUGAACCUGAAAAACAUGUAGCUUUUGAAUAUGAAUUUGUUGAAAUCUUGUCAGAUUAUGUCAAGGAUGUUGGCAUCUCGGUUGCUUACAUGGACAAGAUCAAAGGGUUUGUCUGCUUGUUUCAGACUACUGAGAAGCUUAGACUGAACUCCUUCAAGAUUGCACCUAACGAGUUGUACAGGUUUUCUCAUCAAGUUCCUUCAGUUAGAAUGACUGGAAAGGAAAGAGAAGGCAUUCCGAAAGGAUCAUUUGAAUUAGAUCCUGCUGCUCUUCCCCCAAAUAUUAACGACCAUGUCGAUCUUACUAACAUCAAGGAGACUGACAAUGCUGCUGCUCCAGGAAUAAUUGAUUCAUCUCAUGACUGUGAAUCUCCCGAAGUGGAAGUGGAAGAGAUUGGUAUUGAAAAUAAUGUGGCUGCAAACGUACAGAAGAAAUGCAACUCAGAGAAGAGUAAUCUGAAAAGUGAGGCCCCAACUAUCGCACGAAAAUCUCCAAGGAAGUUAAACACGACUGAAAAUGAUGCUCAGGUAGACAUAGAUAGGCACAUGCCUGAAGCUAAUGGAAUUAAAGUUGCUAGUCAAAAUGACCAAUCAGCACACAACAAAAGCAGUGUGUUUCAAAUAAAUGGAGGAGCACACUGUCCAAAGAAACAUGUCAAGAUAGGCAUUGAGCGAGAAACGGUGAUACUUAGAAGAUCACCUAGAUUUGGGUAAGAAAAAUGCAGGUUAAUGUGUUAGAGAGGGAGAGAACAGCCAAUCUGGAUUCUUCCGAUGUUUAAGGCAAAUUUUGCUUUAAAGAACGGGAAGUAUUCAUCUCUCUAUAAAAUGAGAGCAGCCCAGUUGAUUUCGUUUCUUUCUUUCUUUUUUAUAUUUUCUCGUUCUAGAGAACUCUCGAACACUGUUCCAUGCUUCUUUUCAAGAAGGCAUCUAUCGACAAGUUCGAGUUUCAAAGUUUCUAGCUGAAGAAAACUUGGAUUUUUCUCAAGACUGUUUGACAGUGGAGGGUAGAAGAGAGAGCUGGGUAGGCAUGUCCUAUCAUAGAUGAAUGGUAUCAAUCCAAUGGGAAGAGCAAGGAGUUGAGUGAGGCUGUUGUGAGGUUAAUAUCUUGGUUCUAAUUUGAAGAUUGGUCUGCAAAAGCAGGAAUUGUAAAUUCGAUGAUCCAACAUUUUAGCGUAGGAGUAGUAGAGUCAAUAGACAGAGGAGGAGUUUCAUCUUCCAUGUUACUGGAAUUUGAAUGAAAGUUACUCGUGUAUGGAGAAUUUGUUGGUUGAUUUUGGAUGAAAAUAUUCAUGUAGGGAGAGAGGGGGAUGCCUUCUGAUAUGUUAUCACUAAGUUCAUCUUAGGGGUCUGAUUUUCCCAUAUUUAUCCAUUUCUCUUCUACUAUCUUAGUAGUGAUGUUUGUAAAGAUGCUUGUAGGUUGGACUUUCUUCAGCAAAACUUUCUAAGGAUCAACAACAGAUUAUAAUCCUUUUGUGAACUUGGGUCCUUUGUACUUUGCCAAAUGCUUUGUGAGAGCACUUUUAGGAGUUUUGAGAAAUAGUCCAUAGUCGGACUUGAUGAGAGGGAUAGCCUUCUCGAGAACGCUACUGAUAUCGGCAUUCAGUCGUAUUGUCGUAUUUUUGUAAGUUGUAUUGUCGUAUUUUUGUACUUACAAUUCUAAUCCAAAUUUUUGUGA